AUGUUCCAGGUGGCAACCUCGCUACGUUACAAAAUGGGUGACGACGAUCUUGAGCUUCACUUAGGAAAGAAAAAGAAGACAAAGAAAGUAAUCAAACUUGACGAUGAUGAACCACCAGCGCCUACUCCUGAAGCUGUUGCAGACGAUUUAGGAGAGCUAAAACUUGGAGGCAAAAAGAAGAAGAAGGUGAAAGUUGAAGAAGACGAAGAGAAAAAAGACGACGGUUUGCCAGAUUUAGGGAUAGGUAUUGGUGUUACAAAUCUCAUCGAUGCCAAACGACCAUGGCCGGAUUAUACGUAUGAUGAGUGCUUGACCCUUGUCUUCAACAUUAUGCGUGAAAAGAAUCCUGAAUUGUCUGGUGAAAAGAAGAAGUUCGCCAUGAAACCGCCUGAAGUCGCUCGUGCUGGAAGUAAGAAAACUGCUUUCUCAAAUUUCGCUGAAAUUUGCCGAUUAAUGAAACGCCAAGACAAGCACGUUCUUCAGUUCCUGUUAGCUGAACUAGGUACCACUGGUUCAAUUGAUGGAAACAACUGCCUGAUUGUGAAGGGUCGAUUCCAACAAAAACAUUUCGAAAGCGUUUUGAGGAAAUACAUUAAGGAGUAUGUGAUGUGUCAUACAUGUCGUUCUUCCGACACACAGCUCACAAAAGAUACCCGCCUUUUCUUCUUACAAUGCCAAACAUGUGGAUCACGGUGCUCCGUCACUGCGAUCAAGAGCGGUUUCACGGCUAUGGUUGGCAAACGAGCAGCAGCGCGGAGAGCCGCUGAAGCAACUGCUGGCAAGUAAUCUGAGUGUCGUUUAUAAGUUAAGAAUAUUUUUCCCAUUGUUGUUUUGAUCGGUUUUUGUUACUUUCUUGCUCUUACGAAUAAUGGCGGGAAAGCCGUUGCUUUCUCAUAUUUCUGAAUGUGAUUUUUCGCAUUAGGUAUUUGCACUUUACAUAAUUCUUUUCAUCGUUCCUUUGUACUGGUGGUUUGAUUCUUUAGAGGAGAUUCCAAUAAAUUCUAG